AUGGUAGCCAGCGGGAGCGACACGGGAGGCUCCCCCCCCUCCGCUGGACCGCUUCCCCGCAUUGCCGUUGUUGUUCGGAAGCGGCCUUUGAGCGCCCUCGAGGCCAUGCGGAGAGACAUAGACCUUGUUCGAGUGAAGAGCGGUCAUACGGUUGUUUUAGAAGAGCCGAGAGAAAAGGUUGACUUGACGCCGUAUGUGCUACGGCACGAAUUUCGGGUGGACAGAGCCUUUGACGAAACGGCCUCCAACUCUGAGGUGUAUAGACAGGUGGUCUCUUCCCUCGUGGAGAGCUGCUGCACCAAGGAAGCCAGUUGUUCCUUCUUCGCGUAUGGACAGACGGGCAGUGGCAAGACGUUUACGAUGCUAGGACCGCAAGGCAGUGCAGAGCAGCCAGGAGAUGAUCAGGGUAUAUUCGCGAUGGCUGCUCACGAUAUCUUCGAUUAUCUCAAGGCGGAUAACAGCACGAAGACCGUUAGCGUCUCGUUCUUCGAGAUUUACAAUGGAAGACUCUUCGACCUUCUCCAGGACAGGAAGCUGGUUGCUGCUCUGGAGAAUGGAAAGAAGGAAGUGAUCGUCAAAGAUUUGCGAGAGGACGAUGUGGCCACUAAGGAGGACCUCCUGAAAAGAAUCCUGGGAGGCAUGGAGUUGAGGCGGAUCGGUGCCAACUCGGUUAAUGACGAAUCCUCGCGAUCUCACGCAGUCUUACAAAUACAUUUGCGGAAGCCCUCAGGAAAGGUGGCCGGACGCCUCGUGUUUAUUGACCUUGCAGGCAGCGAGCGAGGGGCUGAUACGCUGCAGCAGUCUCGCCAGACACAGCAGGAUGGUGCGGGAAUCAACCGUUCCUUGCUGGCUCUGAAGGAGUGCAUUCGAGCGAUGGAUCGAGAUCAGCUGCAUAUCCCCUUUAGAGAUUCGGAACUGACAAAGGUCUUGAGGGAGGUGUUUGUCGGGCGCAGCAGCCGAAGUGUCAUGAUAGCCACGAUAUCUCCGGCGUCCUCGUGCUGUGAGCAGACGCUGAACACCCUGCGGUACGCAUCCAGAGUCAAAAACUUCAAGCAACAACAGCCGAGCAUAAGCCCUGUAGGAGUGUCUUCCCUUACGGACGAGGCCUCCGAGUUCAGGAGCUGCGGAGGGCAGAGUUCGUCAGAGACUUCCCCAAGGCUGCCUCCACCCACACCCCUAGGCGGUGCUUAUGCCGUCGCUUACGCCAACAGGGCCCCCCGCGCCUCCAGCUACGGCUCGCCUUUGCUCGCUUCGAGCUCGUCUUCUAUCCAGGCACCUCUUGGCAGCAGCAGCAGCAGCGGAAGACCCAUCAGGAGUGCUGGAACCGCGCGAAAAACCUCCCUCGGCAACGUGCUACUUGCCUCCAGAAGAACCGUAGGAGAUGCUACCACCAGAGGCGCUCUCGGAUCCAUUAGCCCCCGUCCCGUCCAAGACGCCUCUUCUGCGGUAAGAGCUUGCUCGCAGCAAGGGCUCUCCGAGGCGCCGUCAGGCUUCCCCCCGCCUCUGCUGCUGCUGCACAAAGUCUCCGCCGUGCAGAGGUCAGCAAGUAGCCGUCGAGAGCACGGUCGCCCACGUGUGUGCGAGCGAGAUGCGUCUUGUCUGCAGCAGGUCGAGGCAAAGGGCGUGCCGCUCCUCCCUUCACCCCUGAAUACUGCGCGGCAACAACUCCAAGGACCCCCCCGUCCUGUCAGACGCAUUCCAAGGGAGUUUCCUCUCUCUCCCCGCAACCUGAAAGCCUCGCACUCCACAGCGGGAGCUGCAGGCAUCGUCAAACACGCUACAUCCGUCGAGGCUUCGAGCAUCCGGCCGGGUUUUCGCAGCAAGCUGCAGCAAGAGCAGCAGCAGCACGAGCCGCAGCAGCAGCAGAAGAGGGCCCCCGUGGAAAAGCGAGCGACCACUGCUGCGCCCGCCAACACCUCAGCACUGCGGAGAUCGUGGCUGCAGAAGCAGCAGCAGCAACAGCGAAGCAAGCGUGGUCUCUUGGGAGACGAUGGGGAGACGCUUAUCUUCCUGAAGGAGCCCAUGGCAGUGGCUGGAGGGGCAGAAGGAGCUAAGGAUAUGUCCCCUCCGACUGACGCACGCAAGAUGACUUUGGAUGCGGAUGUAGGCGAGAGAAGCAUCCAAGACGAGAAACAGCAGAUGCAAGACGAUUCUUCGACUGCCGAAGCGGCCGCGCAGCUCUCGCCGCUUCUCAACGAGCUCCACGUACGGCGGCUUAGCGGCUCCCCUUCUUCCUCGAUACACUGCAGUGGCGAACCUCCGAGCAGCAGCAACACCAACAUCAGCAGCAGCAACACCAACAUCAGCAGCAGCAACACCAACAUCAGCAGCAGCAGCAGGUUGCGGUACAAGGCGGGUGCUGCCAUCGGCAGCAGCACGAUGGACGCCAGCGAUCCUACGCAUCACUCUCUUUUGGAGCAGCUGCUGCCCUCUCCAGAGCAGCAGCAGCAGCACCAGGAGCUCGGCGGAGAUGCCGAGUGUACCAGCCCGCGAGCUGCGACAUCCACGCCCUUCAACCUGACGCGGCUGUUGCAGCAGACUUUGCAAGGGGCCGAAUUGAGCGCCUUGAGUGCUGCUGAGCUCGAGAGCCUCCAGGCUCAAGUUAGCGGAAGGCGGCAACACUACAUGAAGAGACUCUUGGAGCUUCUGCGAGGACGAGCCGCGGAAGGCAGCGGAGCGCAGGGGCACCACGAGAGGCAGCAAGAUGAGUUGGUUUGCCGACUGCACGAGAAGAAUCCGUGCAGUCCCGAGUUUGCGGAGUAUGCUCGUCAGAAGAUGGAGCUUGAGUUCAAGCGUCUCCUGCGCAUGCGACAUUGCUGGCUGCAAGCUGAGGAGCUGCGCCUUGUGCACCGUCAUUUGGGGGCAAGGCAGCUGAACGAGGCUGCGCCAAGCUCCAGUACGCCAAACUUGCACACCGUAGGGACCGACGUGGCGGGUGCAGGAGCACAUACAGAAGCUGCUGUGCCCCCUGCAUGCACGCGACUCAACUCGAGCGAAACUAGACUUGCAGCAUGGCUAGCGCACGCCGCCUCGGGGGUCCAUACACCCCGCUGGCUCGCCAGUUUGUCUCCGCGAUCCAGUGUGUCUGCAUGGGCGAUCCCUGGCACGCCGGCUGCACCGCUAGAGGGGGCCCUCUCAGAGUGCGGGGGCCCCCCAGGAGGGGCCUCCGAAGAGGACACCUCUCCUGCGUCGAGUGUGAGGGGCAAGAGGCCCCCCCCAUCAGGUGUAGAUACACCCAAGUCUGUAAAUAUCACGGGUUCAGCCACGGACGGACUCCUGUGUCGUGCUGUGGGAGGCAACUGGCCUUCCGAGGCAGCAGCUCAGCCGAAAAAAGCCUUGCUGGGUCUCUUGAUUUCCAUGCAAACUGCGUGCGAGGUGCCUGCCGCGAUCUUGUGGGGUGACCACUCCGAUCUCCAGAAUAAGUAUGCAGCGGAGAAAAACUCUUCGUCCCUUGAGACGCCAGCAGGAAAGGACUGUGGGAGCUUAGAGAAGUGGGUAGCAGCUCCGGAAAAGGAAGCCCGAUUACGGCCCUUGCAUGUGCAGCAGCCGCCAGAAGAACUUCGCCGCCUCUCAGGAUCGCUCCUCGUGCGCGAUUCAGACUGCUUCAUGGACGUCGAUGCAGCUGUCAGCAGCAGCUAG